AUGGGUUUCCUUUCUAACGUGAACCUUCGCAAGGUUGCGAUUGUUCUGGGUUUAAUUGUUCUGAUCAAAGUCCUUCUUUCAUACCAAACAUCUUUUCCGUUUCACGAGCAUCCUUUGCCUCAAUUCAUUCCUUCUUAUAGCGCCCCAAAAACAUCACCCAAGGAUUAUUCAAUAAAGCCGGUCGCAUACAUUUUCCCACAAUAUUAUGUUUUCGAAGACAACAAUAGGUUACAUGGCGAGAACUUCACUGAGUGGGUGAACGUUAACAAGACUACACAUAACGCAUUCGAUUUGGAGACGAUUCGUCCUCAUGAAUCUAUUGGGUACUACAAUGGUCUGGAAUUCCAAACUCGACAACGUCAAGGAAAGUUUCUGAGAGACAGUGGGUUCUAUGGCGCAGCAUUUCAUCACUAUUGGUUUGCUGGACGACCGGUGAUGGACCACGUUAUCCAAGCGAUGCUGGAGGAUGGAGAGCCCGAUAUACCAUUUAUGCUCAGCUGGGCGAACGAACCUUGGACAGCGAGGUGGGAUGGUGGACACGGCGGCAAGACUCUAAUCGCUCAAGAUUAUGGGCUGCAGCAAGCAUGGAGGAAGCAUUUCGACUGGCUCCUCCCAUUUUUCCGUCACCCGAAGUACAUCAAAUCAGAAGGAAAAGUUCAAUUCAUGGUUUACAACCCCUCGCACAUGGGCCACAUUGCACCACAGAUGUUUGCUGCAUUCCGACAAUGGGCAGUGGAGGAAGGACUUGGAGGAAUGGACAUCAUCGAGACUCGUUGGGGCGAAGGUAGCACUCAAGGGCCUGAUUCGUGGAGAGGACAUCCACCAGAUGCGAUCAACGAAUUUCAGCCUCAUGCUGGUGGUCGAGACAUUGCCAAAUUUUCGUCCUUGGAAAGACUCUCGAGAGUCUAUCAUCGUGGUACCCUUGCCUGCUGGGACACCACACCCCGACAUCCAAUAGAUGGCCAAGCAGUUUGUCUCCCUGCAUGCCAUCCUAAGCCUUGGCAGUAUCAUCUCGUAGAGAUGUUCAGAAAGAUCAAAUCAGACCCGAACCCUAUUGGAGCCGAAAACUUCUUCUUCGUUAACGCGCUAAAUGAAUGGGGCGAAGGCAAUUCCAUCGAACCAAGCGUGCAGUUUGGUGAUGGUUAUGGUGUAGCAAUGAAGAAUGCAAUCGAGAUUUCAGACAAAGAGCACAUCUGGCCAGAUUCUUCUAUGAAAACCAGCGUGACACACGACGAAGAGUUGGCAACAGUCAUGAAUCAAACUGUUGAUGUUUGCGUCCUCGUCCGCACAUCUCCAGCAAAUGCUGAGUCCGAGGUCUUCACUCUGUCCUCCAUGCUGCGUUCUCUUCAAGCUCAAAGCAAUCAGAAGUGGCGAGCGGUUGUCUUCCAGAAAGACAGAUCGGAGUUUCCAAGUCUGGGAAAGAUUGCUCUUCAAGCUCUUGAUCCUCGGAUAAAGCACGUUGUGAUCCCAAACAAUGUCGUCUUACCGAAAGACAGGACUGAAGGCUUCACAGCGACAGAUUGGGUGCUGAAGAACCUUACAGACAUCAACGAAGGAUGUGCAUCAGCCAAGUAUUUCCUCGUGACCGAUGGGCACAACACCUACGAAUCAGCAGCAUUCGACUCCUUGAGCACAUCCACAGCAGACCUCGUAGGACUGAACUACGAAUCACGCAAUAACAUGUGGAAUCACCCCGACCUAAAGAACACAACUUGGGCCGACCGAUGCGCCAGACUCGAAGACCCUGCUCUCAAUUUCUGCACACCCUCAUCACCGACUCCAGAAGCUUUCGACUUAACAGCAACAUUCAUCUCCCUUCCCAAAUUCCUCUCCGCGCACCUCUCACUGACCCCAUCUCCCACCAACACCACGACGCCCCUUUCACCCUCGACCGACCCCUCCUUCCCACUAAUCAACGACCUCAUCACCAAACGCCAGUGGUCAUUCGCUCGCACAUCUCCAACCACCAACGCGUGCCAAACUCGGCACAACCCCACAUAUUCCUCUUGUCUGAAAACUGGGAAUUUCUGGUUUGAUAGUCCAUUGUAUCACGAAGUGGGGUGCUAUACGACGAGCGAUUUCAUUGAGAUUGUAGGGAAGAGGAGUCCUUAUUUGACGGAUGCGGAUUUGGGGUUCUUUAGGGAGAGGGGGCUGUGUAUGCGGUAUAAGGAGGGGAUGUUUGGGAAUAUGACGAGGGAGAUGGAGCGUUUGGAGAAGGGGGAGUUGAGGAAAGCUGGGUUGAGGUAG